AUGCACAACAGUCAGGCAGGACCUGGACAGGACCAUCGUGGCCCCAAACUAUCCAUCGCACCAAUCACAACCCGCUCAACUUCACCUACGCUCCAUCUAAGCCCGUUCAAUCCCGCGUCACCAGGAUGGUCGUUCCCGAAUUCUACUAAAUCUUCAUGGGAUAUCACGAAAGCAUACAACCCGACUCCUCCUCUACCGCAGGCGUGCCCUCCUGCCACGACAAUCAUCCCGGAGACAGCUUUCUCGGACGCCCCGAACAAGGAACGGCAGGGCUAUGCUGAAAUCUCCUCGCUGGACGAGGACUUCUACUGCUCUACAUGGUUCGGUCGACACUUCACUGGAUUGAAGAAGCGAUGGCACCGAAGAAAUGGACACAAGAAGCGUGGACCCGAGCCACGACAUGAGGAUUUUGAGAGCAGCCUGUUCACGACCACUCCUGAUCCACUUCGUCGUUCGUGCGGCUGGGAUAGCUUUUCUACCGGCAUGUACCCCAUCUCCGUUUGUCGAAUUUCGAUGGAUGGUACAAACAUGGAUGGUCGAGAGAAAUGGAUCUAA